AUGGUCAGUAAGCAAAACAAGAAGAAGUCAAAAGUCAAGUUUAAUAAUGAUCAGAAGGAUGAAAGCAAUAAGGACUUAACAAAAGAAGAUGACGCCUAUGAUGCUAUAUUUGGAGGAGAAUUUGGAUCACUAGAGAUUGGCUCGUAUAUCAGGAAUGAUUCUAAUGACGACGGUGCCACGCAGCAUCUGCCAGAUGCUGUUGAUUUUGAGGAUGAAGAUGAACUGGCAGAUGAGGAAGAACUAUCACAGGCGGAUGACGAUAACAAAGGCACUGCAGUAAACAAAUCGCACGCUUCAAUACUUCCUAAUGACAAUAUGAAUCUAUCGUUAAACGAUAUGGAUCCGAAUGGAAAUAUGAUGAAUGAAGCUGUGGCCUUUGGCAAUGGUGUCCAGGACGGGAAUGAGUUUAUGUUAUCCCACGAUGGAUCGCCUAUAUUACCGAACAACUUAAAUGAGUUCGAAAGUGGUAAUAAUGCUUUGUUCAUGGGUAUUGAUGACACUAACGGUAAUGCUGUCUUUGUAGAACAGCAAACCUCAUAUGACAUGUUUUCCAUGGCAAAUAAUAAUCAACCUCAAAUUAGUAAACAAGAUGAAAAGAUAAGGUCAGCCAACAGGGAAAAGGCUCUAUUAAAGUAUUAUUUCCCAGAUUUUAAGAAGGGGGAUAAUGUAAGAUGGAAUAGAUCAAUAUAUCGAAAAAGUAAAAGAUAUAACUAUCACAUUGAAACAGAUUUCAUACCAUUAAAACCUCUCAUACCAUCAAAAUUAAAGUUACAGGUUCAGCAAGAUCAGAAAAAGAUUUUUAGAACUAUGGAUCACAUAACGACAAUACAGGCAUUGCAAAAGAAGAAGAAGAAGCAUAGUAUUAUCACCGCCACUUUGGAUGAACUUUAUCCACUUAUUGAUGAAAAAUCUAACGAGAAGACAAAUUUAAAUGAAAAUAACAAAAUUUCAGAGGAUUUAUUGGUGGCUACCGAUGAUUGGGAUGAAGAGAAAAUUAUUAACGGAGAAAAGAGUAUUGAGAGAAAUACUGAUACUUUACUUUCCACUAAGGUCGAUGAUAUUAAUAGUGACGCUUGGAAUUGGAAUGAAGAUAACUUGGUCGAUGCUAAGUUAUCUGAAGCAAAGCAUGCAGAGUUAGAUAUGAAUGAUGAGAAGUUGCUUCUAUUAAUUCAAAGAGAACCUGUACAUAAAGAUGUUCAACCAAUUUCCGUUAACCUACCGUUUGACCAUAUGUUUUCUGGCCCUCAGUUAAGCGAAAAAUUGCUCUUAUCAAAAUUUAACAUUUCCAAUGAUGAAAUAUACAGUACCCUUAAGCGGACGCAUCAACCAAAAGUACGUUCUACUAUUUCAAAUCUCAAUAUUGAACAUUCACAACCCGCUAUAAAUCUACAAUCACCCUUUUAUAAGGUUGUGUUGCCGAGAAAUCAAUUAAGAUUUUAUCAUAGACCUAAAUUUGGGUCUAAUAUCCGUCCUAAUACGACAUUUUUCUUCAAUAAAUUGAAGACAAGGAAGCGUAAGCGUGAUAAGGGCAAAGAUGUCAGAGAGUCGUUUACUUCCACCGCUGACUUAACGAUUGGUGAUACUGCUCCAAUAUAUUUGAUGGAGUACUCAGAACAAGAUCCACUAGCACUUUCAAAAUUUGGUAUGGCCAAUAAAUUAAUUAACUACUACAGAAAAUACAAUGAGCAAGAUACUUUAAGGCCUAAAUUACCCGUAGGUGAAACGCAUGUACUCGGUGUUCAGGAUAAGUCACCCUUUUGGAAUUUUGGCUUUGUAGAACCAGGUCAUAUCGUUCCAACAUUGUACAAUAACAUGGUUCGUGCACCUGUAUUCAAACAUGGAGUCUCUGGAACUGACUUUUUACUGGUGAGGAGUACUGGCAAUGGUACUAACAAUAAAUUCUAUUUGAGAAACAUUAAUCAUCUGUUUACAGUAGGCCAAACUUUCCCAGUCGAAGAAAUUCCUGGUCCAAACUCAAGGAAAGUUACUUCAAUGAGAACGACAAGACUAAAAAUGAUUGUUUAUAGAAUCUUAAACAGAACACCAAAUCGUGCAAUUUCAAUUGAACCAAUUACAAGGCAUUUCCCUGACCAGGAUUAUGGUCAGAAUAGACAAAAAAUUAAAGAGUUUAUGAAAUAUCAAAGGGAGGGACCUGAUAAGGGGCUUUGGAAAUUGAAAGAAGGGGAAGUUUUAUUAGAUAAUGAAAAUACCAAGAAACUUCUUUUACCUGAGCAAGUAGCAGAAGUCGAGUCCAUGUCACACGGUUUACAAUUCUGGGAGGACAACGAAAAUUAUAAUUUUGAUGAAAAACUGUUAAAGCUAGAAGAAAAUCUUUUACCUUGGAAUGUUACAAAGAAUUUUGUCAACGCCACACAGAUGAGGGCGAUGAUUCAAAUCCAUGGUGCAGGUGAUCCUACGGGUUGUGGUGAAGGUUUCUCCUUCUUAAAGACGUCUAUGAAAGGUGGUUUUGUCAAAUCAGAAUCGGCAGGCCCAGAAGAAAAGAGGAAAAAGAAGCGGAAUGCAUCAGUGGAAAAAAAUGGUAAUAGCACAGGACAUACGUACAACGUUGUUCAGCAACAAAAGGCUUAUGAGGAAGAAAUCAGUAAGACGUGGUAUACACAUACAAAGUCAUUAAGUGUCACUAAUCCAUUUGAAGAGAUUGAUGACCCAAAUGUUAUCAAUCAAACAAACAAAAAGGUUCGUACCCAUAGAGAUGACAAUAAAGUCUUGAAAAUAGUACGGAAAAGGAGGGACGAAAACGGUAUUAUACAAAGGCAAACUAUCAUUAUAAAGGAUCCUCGUGUUAUCAAGGGGUACAUCCGCGGUAAAGAGAGGAUGAAAGAGGCCAAAUUAGACGUUAAUAAACUAUUAGAAGAUGAUAAUUUGAAUUUGGAAAACGUUGAAGAUAUCGAGAUGCAAAAGAAGUUAUUGCAAAAUGAGUUAGCUUCAUUGGAAAAAUCUCAACAAAGAAGAGCUGCCAGACAAAUGAUCACAGCAAACAAGAAAAAGAUGCAAGAACAGCAGAACCCUGAUGGAAGUGCAAGUCCGGGCAAAGUAACGAAGUCAAAGAAUACGACUAGACGUUGUGCAACUUGUGGACAAAUCGGUCAUAUUAGGACAAAUAAAUCAUGUCCAAUGUAUAAUGCUGCUAAUAAUGCUGCCAAUGAGGACAACUCGACUAAUGCCACCAAUAGUCCAGCCGCCGUUACCACGCCUAUUGUACAUAACAGUUCUGAAGUACAGUAG